UUCGUCUCCACUCCACCCGAUCAAACCAUCACCUCGCCGACUUCUCCUCCCCGUCAAAUCUAGGGUUAACACUUCGGCAACCCACCCCAGAGCAGGGCCGCAUCGCCUUCCUCCUCGUGCCCGCGCCUCCCACCCGCCGGCCGGAAGGGGCAGACGAAGGUGAAGCGCAGCGAAGAUGCCGCAGCGGCACUCGAAGAACAACAACGACCUCGCCUUCUUCACCUACGAGGAGAAGCGGAAGCUCGGGUACGGCACCCAGCGGGAGCGGCUCGGCAAGGACUCUAUCAAGCCCUUCGACGCCUGCUGCCUCUGCCUCAAGCCGCUCAUCGACCCGCUCGCCUGCCCCAAGGGCCACACCUUCUGCAAGGAGUGCAUCCUCGAGUGCCUCCUCGCGCAGAAGAAGGACAUCAAGCGCAAGCUUAUAGCUCAUGAUUCCCAGAAAAAGCAAGAGAAGGAAGAGGAGGAGGAGAAGCUGGUGCUGCAAAAAUCCAAGGAGUUGGAUGCUUUUGAUCAGCAGAAUCAUGGAGCAGUCCCCCAGUACUAUGAUCGCAGCGGUUCCCAAGACAAGAAUGGUUUUCAUGGAGCCAACAGUGUGAAGACUACCUCCUUUGAAGAGGAAGCCCUACGCACCAUGAAGGCGUUCUGGCUUCCGUCAGCUACACCCGAAGCCACUGUCAAGGUAGAUGCUCCUUCUACUGACACAAUCUGUCCUGAGGGGCAGGAGAAGCUCAAGCUGAAAUCACUCUUCCCUAUUUCUUUCACCGAGGAGAACGCUCGUCAGAAGAGCAGUAAGUCAGUGGAGAAAAGCUACAUCUGCCCCAGCUGCAAGUCCAAUCUCACAAACACAAUGUCCCUGGUGGCGAUCAGCACCUGUGGCCAUGUCUUCUGCAAGAAGUGCUCGGACAAGUUCAUAGCAACAGAUAAGGUCUGCUUAAUGUGCAGCAAACCGUGCAAAGAGAGGAAUUUGAUUAAUUUAGAAAAAGGAGGAACGGGUUUCGCCGCACACGAUGACCACCUAGAGGCAAAGAACUUCAAGCAUUUAGGGAGUGGUUCUGGGCUAGGAUUGGUGAAGCCUGCUCCUAAGGCAUAGCCUUCAAUUAUGUAACUGUUGUUGUAUAAUGCUGUCAGUUAUCGUUGUGGCACGAAUAUAUGUAACCUGGAAUUUUUAAAUGUUUUGAUAUCUUUUUGAUAAGUAUGAUCUGGAACAAACGAUACUCAGGUUUUUCAUCCAA